UCUAACAGCAUACAGUAACUUAUCUUCCUAACUACUCAGUUCAACAAAAUCUUCCGAAAUACUCUUCACGUUUAUUCCUCUUCCUCUGUGAACAGCUCCGAUCUGAUCACCGCUAUGUCCUCCGCCGACAGCGCCAUUUUAAUUUGUGAUGAAGACAUAGACUAUGAUUACAUAGAUGAUGACACUAAUUAUAACAGAGAGAAAUUGAUGCUGGUAUCAGGGUCUUUCUAUAUCUCAAAAGAUAGAGAGUCAAAACCUCAAGGGGAUGAUGCACAUUUUAUCAAUCUUGAGAAGCAAACAAUUGGUUUAGCAGAUGGUGUCGGUGGUUGGUCUCGUAAAGGCGUCGACGCCGGAAUUUAUGCAAGAGAACUUAUACUUAAUGCUGAAAUUGCUGUCCGAGAGGAACCGGACGAUGAAGUUGAUCCUAGCAGAGUCUUGCAAAAAGCAUGGUCAGCAACUAAAUCUCAAGGCUCCGCUACUGCUUGCAUUUUAUCACUCCAAAACAAUAGCUUGAAGGUGGUUAAUAUGGGAGAUAGUGGAUUUAUGCUGAUAAGAAAGGGUGAAGAUAUAUACAAGUCACCAAUUCAACAACAUCGUUUCAACUACCCAUAUCAGCUGCAAAAUAACAAUGAUCCUGCUAACAGUCCAAAAAAAGCACAGGUGUUCGACAUCGCAAUGAAACCCGGAGAUGUUGUCAUUGCCGGUACUGAUGGGCUCUUUGAUAACUUAUCUGAAGGUCGCAUUGAAGCAGCAGCAAGAAGUGGGAUAGAGAAAGGUUUAGCUCCAGAAGAUAUUGCUUGGACAGUAGCUGAGUAUGCCUAUAAAACCUCAAUGGAUAGAAAUGCUCGUACUCCGUUUUCACGAGCUUCUACCAAGGCUGGACGUAAUAAUCCUGGAGGAAAACAAGAUGACAUAACUGUCAUUGUUUCUUAUGUUAUUGGUUCGUAGUAUUAGGUCUCUGAGCAGUGAACACUAAUUUUGCUUUUUGCUUCCCUAAUGCUCCUAUUAAGAAGCAACAUGGACAGAAUGUUUAGCCUUCAUUUUGUUUCGGUCUUGGUUCCUGAAAUGAAAUCGCCUGGCGGUUUCAGUCUCGUUUUGGCCAGAACCAGAGUGGCCAAGCCAACUGUAUAUGUUGAUGAAAACAAGCACUAAAUAAAAAUAUUUAUUUCCUGUA